UUAGCGUGUCACCAUGAUAGUAAAUAUAUGGAACCGGAUACUACUGGUAAAAUGUUUGUGGGGGCGACAGACUCUGCAGUACCAUGUGCUAUGCUUAUUCACUUGGCGGAGAACCUUCAUUCAUAUAUUGCAUCAAAGUCGCUUGAUUUCUCUGAGUUAACAAUACAACUGUUGUUUUUUGAUGGUGAGGAAGCAUUUGUGCGUUGGACCAGUUAUGACUCAAUCUACGGAUCACGUAAACUAGCAGCACGCAUGGCAGAUACCCCACACUCAGACACACAGUCUGGUAAAAAGGAAAUUGAUGCAAUUGAUGUUUUUGUAUUACUGGAUCUUAUUGGUGAACAGUCUCCAGAGUUUCAUAAUUACUUUCCUGAUGAAACAACAAAAUUAUACUCAAGGAUGCAGCGAUUAGAAAAGAAAUUAGAUGAACUAAACAAGCUUGAGUCUUAUACUGGCAAAAGGUACUUUGGUGGGUCACAAUACCGUGGAAGUAUACAGGACGACCAUGUUCCAUUCGAGACUCGAGGUACUGUAUUGCAAGCGAUAAUAAUACUCUUUUAUGUU